CUAUACAUAGGUAUCAGCACAUAAGGCAAAGAUAAUUCUUAUUGAUUGGUAACUGAAAGAUAAAUAUUUGUUGGGCCAAAUAAGUCCAAAUGAAUUUCUGCCUUACGUAAUAUGCUUUGUAAAGUCUGGGACAUGUAGUCCAGGAUCCUGUGACAUGGUUGAAGGAGCCAUGACAGUUUAUAAAAGUGUGGAGACAUAAUUAUUAAGUUAAUUUCAGUCAUGUAUCUUUCUUACGGUCUAUUUAGCAUGGUCGUUCAUGUAUUUACCUCCAUUUUGUUUUGUUUUUCAUAUUUUGUUUCUGUUAGGAGAGAACAUUGCAGUUAUUCUCUAAGCUAUUUGAAGAGAGUGACUAAAUGCACCUGGGUCAGGCUGUCUGUGGGUAUGAAGUGGUUGGGAGAAUCCAAGAACAUGGUGGUGAAUGGCAGGAGAAAUGGAGGCAAGUUGUCUAAUGACCAUCAGCAGAAUCAAUCAAAAUUACAGCACACGGGCAAGGAUACCCUGAAGACUGGCAGAAACACAGUGGAGAGGAGGUCAAGCAGAUGUAAUGGCAACUCAGGAUUUGAAGGACAGAGUCGCUACGUACCAUCUUCUGGAAUGUCUGCCAAGGAACUCUGUGAAAAUGACGACUUAGCAACUAGUUUGGUUCUUGAUCCUUAUUUAGGUUUUCAAACACACAAAAUGAAUACUAGCGCUUUUCCUUCGAGGAGCUCAAGGCAUUUUUCAAAGUCUGACGGUCUUUACAACAGCAACCCUGUGAGAUUCCGGCCUAUUAAGGGAAGGCAAGAAGAACUAAAGGAAGUAAUUGAACGUUUUAAGAAAGAUGAACACUUAGAGAAAGCCUUCAAAUGUUUGACGUCGGGUGAAUGGGCACGGCACUAUUUUCUCAACAAGAACAAAAUGCAGGAGAAAUUAUUCAAGGAACAUGUAUUUAUUUACUUGCGAAUGUUUGCAACUGACAGUGGAUUUGAAAUACUGCCUUGUAAUAGGUAUUCAUCAGAACAAAAUGGAGCCAAAAUAGUUGCAACAAAAGAGUGGAAACGAAAUGACAAAAUAGAAUUACUGGUGGGUUGUAUUGCGGAACUUUCAGAAAUUGAAGAGAAUAUGCUACUUAGACAUGGAGAAAACGACUUCAGUGUCAUGUAUUCCACAAGGAAAAACUGUGCUCAACUCUGGCUCGGCCCUGCUGCGUUUAUAAACCAUGAUUGCAGACCUAACUGUAAGUUUGUGUCAACUGGUCGUGAUACAGCGUGUGUGAAGGCUCUAAGAGAUAUUGAACCUGGAGAAGAAAUUUCUUGUUAUUACGGAGAUGGGUUUUUUGGAGAAAAUAAUGAGUUCUGUGAAUGUUACACUUGUGAAAGACGGGGAACUGGUGCUUUUAAAUCCCGAGUAGGACUGCCUGCGCCUGCGCCUGUUAUCAAUAGCAAAUAUGGACUCAGAGAGACAGAUAAACGCUUAAAUAGGCUUAAAAAGUUAGGUGACAGCAGCAAAAACUCAGACAGUCAGUCUGUCAGCUCUAACACUGACGCAGACACCACUCAGGGAAACAACCAUGCAACUGCUAACCGAAAACCUUCAGUUGGCCUAAAAAAGAACAGCAAGAACCGAACGCUGAGCAGGCAAUCCCUGUCGAGACUCCCGCCAGCUUCCAGCUCUACCUCACCUAAGCUCACUCACACGAACAAUCCCAGGGUACCAAAGACACCGAGGAAGCCGGCAAAGGCUUUACUCUCUAAGAUCAAACUGAGAAAUCACUGCAAGCGGCUGGAGCCUAAGAAUUCUUCAAGGAAACUCGAAAUGGGGAACUUAGUACUUAAAGAACCUAAAGUAGUCCUGUACAAAAAUCUGCCCAUUAAGAAAGAUAAGGAGGCGGAGGGACAGGCCCAGGCUGCAGCCGGGAGCGGGUGCUUGACCAGACACGCGGCCAGAGAACACAGGCAGAACCCUGGGCGAGGUGCUCACGCGCAGGACGACGAUUCGCCCUGCGCCUACAUAACCAGGCGCUCAGCGAGGACGAGGACGAGCCUGAAGGACGCCUCUGACAUCAAGCUGGAACCAAAUACAUUGGACGACUAUAAAAGCGGCGAGACGGAACCUUGUCCCAGCGGUGGCCAGCCGGCCAUCCCUGAGGUGCAGGAAGAGCUGGUUUGUGAGACAGCCCAGAAAGCAGAGGCAAAGUGCCCCAAGGGCACCCCUGGCCUGUCCAAAAAGAAGUCGCGGCAAGCCAAACUUGUGAAACAGUUUGCAAAGCUAGAGACGUCCCCUCCGGUGCGUGACUCCCCAAGGAGAGACGGCAUGCUGCCCGAUUUGCUGGGGCCCCAUCCUGACCAGGGCGAGCCCAGUGGCACGGCCGGGCUGCCCGUGAGCUACGCAGACUGCGCCCCUUCACCUGUGGUUGGUUGUCCCAUCGUCACAUCAGAUGGCUUCAAAACAAAAGACAGCUUUAGAACUGCGAAAAGUAAAAAGAAGAGGCGAAUCACCAGGUACGACGCACAGCUAAUCCUGGAGAAUAACUCCGGGAUCCCCAAACUGACUCUCCGGAGGCGCCACGACAGCAGCAGCAAGACCAACGACCAAGAGGGCGACGGCGUGAACGCCUCGAAAAUAAGCAUCAAGCUGAGCAAAGACCACGAGAAGGAUAGUAACCUCUACGUAGCAAAGCUUAACAAUGGAUUUAACUCAGGAUCAGGCAAUAGCUCCACAAAAUUGAAAAUCCAGCUAAAACGGGACGAGGAAGGCAGGGGGUCCUAUGCAGAGGGCCUUCACGAAAACGGGGUGUGCUGUAGUGACCCCCUUUCCCUCCUGGAGUCUCAGAUGGAAGUGGACGACUACAGCCAGUAUGAGGAGGAGAGUAGCGAUGACGCCUCGUCCUCCGAGGGCGAGGAGGGCGAGGACGGUUACGAGGACGACUUCGAGGACGAUUUCAUUCCCCUUCCCCCAGCCAAGCGCUUGCGGCUCAUCGUUGGCAAAGACUCCAUAGACAUUGACAUCUCUUCCAGGAGAAGAGAGGAUCAGUCUUUAAGGCUGAACGCGUGAGCUCUUGGCCUGGGGUAACUACGUUAGAGAAACUACGCAGCCUCGUGCGGGCAGCUCCUCGGUGACCCUUUUCACGGCAGCACUUCCUCGUGUUCACCUAGCAGCAUAAUACUGGAGAAAGUGCACAGUGGACCGACUCCUGAUUUGUGCACAUUUUUACCGUACUUUUUGAAUAGCCUUCUAAUACGUGCAAUUCUGAGUUCUGCGAUAAAUAAAGCCCUGGUGUAAAAUAAAGGUUCCGGCAAAAUUGUGCAGUGGUAGCAGCAUUCCACACAGGACCUUGAAACAAUAAUGUGGCGACACAAUUUGUUUGUUUUUUAACUUCAAGAGCAGCAGCUGGCUCUUUAAUAGAUGACUAAACAAUAAUUUAAAACGAAUCAUAGUAGCAGCAUAUUAAGGUUUUCGAGUAUAUGCUAAUAUCACCAGCAAUGAUCUUUGGCUUUUUGGUUUAUUUGCUAGAUGUCUCCCCCUUGGAGUUCUGUCGGUUUCUCACUGUUUGCUGGCCCAGGUGUGCUGUGCGUGGCCUUGUUACCUUAGCAGACAAACCACGGGGUGGGAGUCAGAUUGCCAAACAGGCCAGCUCCCCCUUCGUGCUUUGUGCGUCCGAGGUUAGCAGCGUGCAGGGUGAGUUUCCAAACUGCGUAUUUAUUGCUUGUCAUGUAAAUUAAAGACCUUGUAUUUAACACUUUUCCAUCCUUUUAGAUAAACUUGUUCUUUGCAAGAAUGAUUGGUGCUUAUUUUUCAAAACUUUGCUGUGAACAGAUGUGAUG